AUGCUCUACACCUCCGCGGGCAGCCUGAUGAACCUGCUAGCCCUCGUGGCUCGCGGCAGCCCGAAGUGGUGGGACGACACCAGCCUGAAUAUCGCCUUCCAGCUUGGCUUCACUUUCCAGCUCGCCCUCUUUGGCCUUUUGAUCACACCGCUUCGCUGGCAAGUCUCCGAACCCGAGAAGGCAAGCGGCCGGGCGCGGUGGAACAUUAGCAUCUUCGGGGCUCUUGCACUCUGCCUUCUCGUGGCAAUCAUGGUGGAAGCGUUGCUCGACGGGCCCGGAGAGGGCUUGAAGGAGGCAACGGAUUUCGUGAUCAUCCCGGUGACGGAGUGUCUCCUACAUGUCCUGAUGCUCUGUGUGCUUGCAGAAUAUCUGCCGAUCCGGUGGAAGGGCUUCAUGGGCCACGCGUCAUGGCUCUUCCUCUACAGCACCCGGCUCUGGCGCCGCCAGCCCCGACCCAUGGGCCCCGAGCUGCACCUGGGGGAGCUCUUCUUCUGGGCCUUCACCACCAAGUUGGUGCCCAUGGCCGGUCAGGAGGCGAUCGGGCGCUUGAUGACGCAGCUCUGGCCCUUCUUGCUGGUGGCCUGCGGCCUGCUGCUAAGGCCGGGCAUCUUCGGCCGCAAGGACCAGUACCCCUGGGACUCCUGGGAGGACCGGGGCCGGAUGUACUUGGCGGAGCUCAUCGCUUGCAUGGCAUUCCUCACCAUCCCGGUCGCCAACCUCCCCGAGAAGCUGGCCUUCCCCCAAAGCUGGCGAAGGCACAUGGUUUGGCUAAACUGGUGGUCACUGCUCGCAUUCAUGAGCCACAAAGCCUUCUACUACCUGGUGGACGGUAUCUUGCCCUGGUACUGCAUGGUACUCACCGUCUAUGCUGCUGCCUUUCUCUGCUUCUUGGUAUGGCGGCCGCGAGAUGUUGAGGAGGCGUCUGGGCUCGCCGGAGAGAGAGCUUCAUGGACCGGCUCCCCGCGCGCAGUUGAAUUAGUGCAGGCUUCUGUCUCCUUUUCAUCAGCCAGCUAG